AUGGCGCACCAUCGCGGCCAAGCUGCCGACUACUACGAUGCGCAGCCCCCACCGCAGGCCUAUGGAGGACAGCAGUAUCAACAGCCACACCCGCCGCAGCAACAAUGGAAGGGAUCAGACCACAUGCCACCGCCGCCCACGUACAACCAGAACUUCGCCAACGGAGAUUCGAAGCCAUCUUUCGACCAGCAGUUCAAGGUCGACAAACCGAAGUGGAACGACAUCUGGGCCGGAAUACUGUUCCUCGCAGUCGCAGCUGGCUUCGUAGCAGUGAGCGGGAUCAGUAUUCAGGGAUAUGCGUCAACGUACGGCUUCAAUGGCGGCGGCAUCUACGGCUCGGACAAUACCUUCGGCCUCACGACCAACACGAUGGUGCUGUUCAUCUUCUGCUUGGUGGUUGCGCUGGUGUUUGGAUACGGCUACGUCUCGCUGGCUAGAUUGUUCACCAAGCAGUUCAUCUGGAUCACGGGCAUCUUGAACAUCCUUUGGACGCUGGGAACGGCUAUUUACAUGCUCUACAGACACUACUGGAGCGGCGGCAUCGUCUUCCUGCUUUUCGGCCUCUUCAGCGCAUUCUGCUUCUGGACGUGGAUCCCGCGCAUCCCGUUCAGCGUCCUCAUGCUGCAGACCGCCAUCGACGUCUCCAAGAGCUUCGGCCAUGUCUACCUCGUGUCCUUCCUCGGUGGCCUCGCAGCAGCGGCUUUCGGAGCAUACUUCAGCGUCACUCUAGUCGCCGUCUACGUCAAGUAUGAGCCUGGCAACAACCCAGCGUGUUCUACCGGCGGUAACUGCAGCUCCGCUACCGUCAUCGGCCUGACUGCCUUCAUCACUUUCGCCGGGUACUGGAUCACCGAGUGGCUCAAGAACACGAUCCACACGACCAUCUCCGGCGUGUACGGCGCAUGGUUCUUUGCGCCGAACAAUCCAGCAAAGGGUGCGACUCGUGGCGCAGCGAGAAGAGCGUUGACGUACAGCUUCGGCUCCAUCAGCCUGGGCAGUCUGCUUGUCGCCAUCAUUCAGUUCUUGAGACAGCUCUGCUCGAUUGCACAGCAGAGCGAGGCCAACUCCGGGAACAUUGCGGCCAGCUGCGCCUUCUGCGUUGUCAGGUGCUUGCUUGGCAUACUCGAGUGGGCGGUCAACUUCAUCAACCGUUAUGCUUUCUCGUACAUUGCGCUGUACGGGAAGUCGUACAUCCAGUCUGCAAAGGCUACUUGGCGCCUGAUUCGAGACCGUGGCAUCGACGCCCUCAUCAACGAGUGCCUGAUCGGACCGGUCCUGACUAUGGGCGCGACGUUCGUUGCUUUCGCCUGUGCCCUGAUGGCCUACCUCUACCUCAUCUUCACCGACCCGGCCUACAACCGCGAUGGCGACUUCACUCCAGUCGUGAUCGCAUACGCAUUCUUGAUCGGCCUGCAGAUCACUCAUUGCUUCACGGUGCCAUUGUCAAGCGGCAUCGACACGAUCUUCGUUGCCAUGGCGUGGGACCCGGAGGCGCUGAUGAGAGAGCACCCCGAGCUGUACCACAACAUGGUCAAGGUGUAUCCGCACGUGCAGCAGGCGAUACAUGCUUGA